AUGAAAACGGAGCCCUUUAAUCAAUCAUGGAGCACAAAUCGACUGCAAAAGCUUUUUCCUUUUAAUAAAACCCACCAAGAAAGGGAAGACGAUGGAGGAGGCGGAAAAGAAACUGGAGACAGAAGGGGUUGGCUGCAUCAUUCCGAUGAGCAGUUACAGAUACAUGCAGGAUUGAGCCAAGGUACCAAGAGAUGGCGAGUAGGAAUAUUGCAGAAGCUACUGAAGAUGGGGUUAUAGUAAGAAUUAUAGCAGGGGGAACUUGGGGAUG